CUUCUAUUCCCCUUUACUCGUGCCGGUGGGUUCGGACUGCCUUUUAGACCCUUUGGACCCCGAGUUGGUUGCACAUUCCACAAUUCUUCCCCGCCUUUCAACGCCCGCGUGGCCGCCGCACUUGACCUUUUGCCGAAUAAUUCCCGGCCGGAGAGAAGAGCGUGUCUUGUCCUUUGAAAAAUCCCGACCUCGGUUGUUCAUAACAACUCCGUCGCAAACCCCCGCCAAACAACUACAGGCGCUGAUCUUUAGCACGAGAUUUUAGUGGGAUAUAUUCAACACACUCGUAUCUAGAUGUCGGUGAGCGGGUCGUCUGUGAAACUCUGCGCGGACGUCUUGCCGGGCGCGCUGAGGCCGAGCAACGCAUCGUUGCUCCGCGCCACCCCUCGGCGGACGAAGCGAGUGUAUUCUCAGGAAACCAGAAGGCAUUUGCACCAGCCUCCAAAUCAUCUGCGAGUUUGCCGGGCGACAGUACCGCAAAAUGGUCGGUUGAGCGCGCAAGCGCCUCUACCUAGCCCGUACGUACGGCGGUUCGCGACCGAGGCUGCGACGAAGGUUGAUGAGGACAAGACCGCGGACGCUGCAAAUGAGCUGCAGGGUGGUCCUUUGAAGGAAUACGAUCUGAGGGUGCAGCAGGGUCGGUUGAGGGAUGACCCUUACCAGCGACAAAUCAUCGAGCAACUCCAAGAUCUGUACGAAAGACUAAAGCACUACAAUCCUCCUCCGGUCGUUCAUCCGAGUGUUGAGUCGCUAGAUCCGAAACCCAAGACGUCGUUUCUCGGCUCCCUCUUCGGACGGGGUAAGGCUGAGGAAUUGACGAUCCCCGAAUCCCUCCCCAAGGGCCUGUACAUGUAUGGAGACGUUGGGUGCGGUAAAACGAUGCUUAUGGACCUAUUCUAUGACACUCUGCCGCCAAACAUCGCGUCCAAGACCCGCAUCCAUUUCCACAACUUCAUGCAGGAUGUCCACAAGCGGGUGCACGUGGUGAAGAUGCGGUUUGGCAACGACUUCGACGCGUUACCUCUCGUGGCAGCUGAUAUUGCGGAGAAGUCUAGCGUGUUGUGUUUCGAUGAAUUCCAGUGUACGGAUGUGGCUGAUGCUAUGAUUCUGCGACGACUGCUCGAGUCCCUAAUGUCUCACGGCGUAGCGCUGGUGACGACGUCCAACCGACAUCCCGAUGAUCUGUACAAAAAUGGAAUUCAGCGCGAGUCGUUCAUCCCCUGCAUCAAGCUACUCCAGACCGCUCUCGACGUGAUCAAUCUGAACUCGCCCACCGACUACCGAAAGAUCCCCCGCCCUCCAUCCGGCGUCUACCACCAUCCGCUUGGCGAGGACGCGGAGCGUCAUGCGCACAAGUGGUUCGAAUUCCUGGGCGAUCCCAUCAACGACCCCCCGCAUGCCACGACCCAGGAGGUCUGGGGCCGCAAGAUCGAAGUGCCCCUAGCCAGUGGCCGAGCCGCGCAGUUCAGCUUCAACCAGCUUAUCGGUCGCGCUACCGGAGCGGCCGACUACCUGGAGCUAGUCCGCAACUACGACGCCUUCAUCAUCACCGACGUGCCGGGCAUGAACCUAACCCAACGCGACCUGGCCCGACGAUUCAUCACCUUCAUCGACGCCGUCUACGAGAGCAGGGCCAAACUCGUCCUCACCUCAGCCGUCCCCCUGACCAACAUCUUCAUCUCUGAAACCGAAAUGAAAGACUCCCUCGAUGACGACGGCAGCGACCUCUCCGACGCAAUGCGCAUGAUGAUGGACGACCUGGGUCUCUCCAUGCAGGCCCUCAAAUCCACCUCCAUCUUCAGCGGCGAUGAGGAGCGCUUUGCCUUCGCGCGGGCCCUUUCGCGUCUCUCCGAGAUGGGCAGCAAGGAAUGGGUCGAGAGGGGCUUGGGUCUUGGUAUGACCUCCGAGCAAGGGAAGGGUGACCACGAUGCGUGGAUGAAGGCGAGAAGCCAUUGGGGUGAGGAUAACAUGUGAGAUCUGUUUCCCUCUCUCCAUAUCUUGCAUUUGUAGAUUUUCUUUUGCUGCCUUUUAUACAUGUGUGUCUGUCUGUUUUAUACCUCUUUUUCUUUUUGGUGAUUGGACCUUCUUUGCACAUACAUGUCUCGGUAGAUGGGUAUAUACAUUGAUUUUCUUCCUAGACAAGUGGAUAUCGAUGAUGUAUUUACACACAUAUCUGGUUACUAAAUAGAUUUACAUACGAAGAGUGGAU